AUGAACCCUCUUCUAUUUUUGCCAUUGCUUUCGCUGGGUGCCUAUGUUGCCGCCAAACCCAAUGCUUGUCCUAUUUUCGGGCCCGCCUUCCCAGCUCCCACAGAGCUCGGCAGUGACCCUAUAUUUGUCGCAGCAACACAGAACCUGACCGCACAACUGAAACAAGGUAUUGAAUCUGGAGCGCUUUCCGGGAACUCGAUAUCCGUGCAGAUAUUUAGCGGAAGUGAUUCGUAUUCCGCAUAUAGCCUCUUCCACACCGAUGACUCGGUGAGGAAUGGGUCGGUGGGAGUUCGGGAAGUGAACGACGAUACCGUGUUUCGUAUUGGUAGCAUUUCCAAACUGUGGACUAUGCUACUUUAUAUGACGUUCAAAGGCACAAGACAUUUUGGAGAGCCUGUAUCGAAAUACGUGCCUGAGCUUCGAAAUCCCUAUAAUGGGUCCGAGCAGGUCGACCAGAUCGACUAUGUGAAUUGGGAUGAAGUGACUAUUGGGGAACUUGCCAGUCAUCAGGCAGGCAUUCCACGGGACUAUGCUUUUAUGGACAUGAAAGAGACCGCCCCUCCUGAAGCUCUUGCUGAGAUGGGAUUGCCUCCACUUCCUAUAUCUGAGAAAUUGCCAUGCGAGUUCUUUCGCGGCCUACUGGACACCCAGCCAAUUGCAGCGACUUCGUCUACGCCGGUAUACUCCAAUGCAGGUUACCAAGUGCUCGGCUAUGCGCUCGAAGCAAUUGCCCAAAAGCCCUACCAAGAGAUUCUUAUGGAGCGUAUAAUCAAACCGCUCGGGUUGACCCACUCGAGUUACGACACGCCCGAUCCUAGUCUGGGUGUGGUUCCAUUGAAUCUGGCCGCCAGCCAGUUUAACCUGUCUAUUGGAGAUGCAGGCCCUGCCGGAGGUAUCUACUCAUCACCAAAGGACAUGGCCACCUUCGGCCGUGCCAUUUUGGCCAACACCUUAGUCGAUUCCACCAUGACAAGACGAUGGAUGAAGCCAGCAUCCCAUACAGCGUCGUUGCAGGUCUCUGUGGGACACCCCUGGGAAAUUAUGUCUUUUAGCGAGCCCCGUCUUAUUGACGUCUAUUCCAAAGCUGGAAACAUUGGAAUGUACAACUCUAUCUUUGCAUUGUCCCCAGACCACAAUAUCGGUUUUGCUAUUCUUACCGCCGGUACCGGGGGCUUUACCUUGCCAUUGAAACUAGGAGAGCAGGUCGCGGAUAUUAUGCUCCCUGCUUUGGAGCAAAUCGCCAAAAACCAGGCGACCAGGAGAUUCACUGGCACUUAUGCCCUGAAUAAGGGCACCUCUAACUCAUCCAUUACUAUAGUUACGGACGGCGAGCCAGGGCUGAAAAUCACGGAAUGGAUCAGCAAUUCGGUGGAUAUGGGUCAAGCAUUUGCAGCAAAAGCUGGGCUCCAGAAAGAUCCUUCUUUGCUGAGCAUGCGUCUGCAACCAACUGGUCUCAAGAGCCCUGGGCGAGUUUCCUUUUCAGCAGUCAUCCAAGGCCUCAGCGCGCAACCAAUCCCUGGUACUAUCCUUUCAUCUUGUCUGACCUGGCUAGAGCUGGACUCCUAUAUCUAUGGAAAUGUUGGCAUUCCGGAGUUUGAGUUCAAUCUGAACAAAAACGGGGAGGUAGUAAGCCUUACUCCCAGAGCUCUUCGUAUCACACUUCCGAAGGUUCAAGGGCUUCGCUAA